AUGUGGGCAGGCCCGGUGACUGACCCAAGCCCGGCAAACCAUCCAACUGGAUUUAUCAACACCCUGACUCAAGGCGGCCUUGGACAGUGCCUCCCGGUAGGCACAGUCACACGACCGGCAGACAGCGCAGGAUCUUUUGGAACAACGAUAGACCUAGUAUGGGCUACCGGGGACAUCCAGCGGAGGCUGUGUGAAUGUAAGACUAGAUCGGAUCUGGAAGCGGAAUCAGAUCACGUCCCGAUAGAAACGACCAUUAGGAUGGAAACCCCGCAAACACCACAAGAGAGAAGAAGGAAGUACAAAGAUAUGGUCAUAGCCAAAUUCAGGAAACACAUGCAGGAGAAUCCUCUGGGCGAGACCGUCCUCAACUCAAUAGCAUAA